GAGCCUUUUUUUCCCUGCAACUUUUAUUUGCAAUUUAAUGGCCCUAAGGCCCUUCCAUUACAACUUCUCGCGCGAUAGAUUGCUUCUUCUCCUCCGCUCCUCUCUUUCCCAUUCCUUUCCCUCUCCUCCUAUCCGCUCUCCCAACUUCCCCAUAACUUUUCCACCAGCUUCCGCCUUCCACCACUUCGCCACCGCCCCUCUUGCUCGCUCUCCGCCGCCGCCGCCCCUCGACGCCAUGGCGCAGAAAUUCGGAAAGUCCACGCGCCGCCCCGGCGCCUCCUCCAAGGCCAGGGUUUACGCGGAUGUCAACGUUGUUCGCCCUAAGGAAUAUUGGGACUACGAGUCCCUAAACGUCCAGUGGGGGGAGCAAGAUGAUUACGAGGUGGUGAGGAAGGUCGGUAGGGGGAAAUACAGUGAGGUGUUCGAAGGCGUUCACUGCACUGAUGGUGAGAAAUGUGUCAUUAAGAUUCUGAAACCCGUGAAGAAGAAGAAGAUCAAGAGGGAAAUCAAAAUAUUACAGAAUCUUUGUGGAGGGCCUAAUAUUGUAAAGUUGCUUGACAUUGUUAGAGAUCAGCAGUCAAAGACCCCAAGUCUUAUAUUUGAAUAUGUCAAUAACACUGAUUUUAAAGUGCUCUAUCCAACAUUGUCAGACUAUGAUAUUCGAUAUUACAUUUUUGAACUUCUGAAGGCACUGGAUUAUUGCCAUUCACAAGGAAUCAUGCAUCGGGAUGUGAAACCACAUAAUGUAAUGAUUGAUCAUGAGCAGCGUAAGCUUCGCCUUAUAGAUUGGGGACUUGCAGAGUUCUAUCAUCCUGGAAAAGAGUAUAAUGUUCGUGUGGCUUCAAGAUAUUUCAAAGGUCCUGAGCUUCUUGUUGAUCUUCAAGACUAUGAUUACUCUCUAGAUUUGUGGAGUCUUGGUUGUAUGUUCGCUGGGAUGAUAUUUCGUAAGGAGCCAUUCUUUUAUGGACAUGAUAACUAUGAUCAACUGGUCAAAAUAGCUAAGGUGCUUGGGACAGAUGAAUUAAGUGCCUAUUUGGAUAAGUAUCGAAUAGAGUUGGACCCACAUCUUGCGGCACUAAUUGGGAGGCAUAGCCGUAAGCCUUGGGCAAAGUUUAUUAAUGUAGACAAUCAUCACUUGGCUGUUCCUGAGGCUGUUGACUUUGUUGACAAGUUAUUACGUUAUGAUCACCAAGAACGUCCCACUGCAAAAGAAGCCAUGGCCCAUCCAUACUUCAAUCCAGUCAGAAAUGCAGAAACUAGUAGAACUCGUACGCACUGAGUUGUUGAUGUUUGUUGAGAUAUGGUGUCCGUUCUUGGAAGGGGGGCCUUCAACAAAUUAUCUGAACUGUUAUUUCUGGCGGAACUUGCUUUUAGGAGCUUCGGUCCUUGUUCUGUUGUAAAACUCAGUUUGAUCGGUUCUCUCUACCUAAUCGUCUUAAUUCUGGAUUUCAAAUUAUUUUUUGGGUGGAAAAUUCAGUUCUAAAAA